AUGCGCUUUAAUACUGAAGAUUUGAUUGACCUUAUUGAAUGUUGUGAAGAUGAUGAUAUUGAUAAUUACGAUAUAUUGGAAUUAUUAAGAUCAUUAUUAAGUGGUUUUAGGAAAGAUAAAGAAAAUGUUCUAUUAUUAACGAAACAACUUAAAAAAGCUGAGAAGGCAAAGCAAAUAAAAGAUGGUGUAACAAAUUUAGCGAAUGGUGGCCUAGUGGUAGCCGAAAUCGGAACCUUAGCUGCGGUUGCUGAAAUUGCUACAGUUCCAUUUACAGGUGGAGCAUCGUUAGCUGUGUCAGCUGCUGCUGUUGAGUUUGGUACGUUUGCCUUAGAUGUUGGCGCGAUGGCAUACGUUGGAGGUUUGGCUGUUGCUGAUGCUUCAUCAAUUACCGGCACUUAUCUAGAUUACAAACUAGAAAGUGUUAGAGAAGUGCUCUCGCAAGUUCUACGAGAGCUUCAAAAUGAUAUUGAAAAUAUUAUACUUGGAAACACCUUUUAUUUUGAGAACGGUUGGGAAGGACAAAUGAUUGAAAUCGAAGAUUUUAUUAACAAGUUGAAUUCUCAAUAUGGAAAAGAACGGUUAACAAAAUUAUUCGUUAAGCGUAUGGCUCCUAAGGCAGAAAAAACUUGCAAGGAUCUUGAAAAGUACAUUGAAGUUAUGCAACAAACGUUGAGGCCAAAUUCUCAGAGAGAAAUCUAUAAUGUUUAUCUUGACUGA